AUGGAAAGCACAGAUAAAUUGCCUUCUCCACAGAAGAAAAGGCCGAAUCCCAACCGGUGCCGACCAAAAUCAAGAGGGGGCUGCCAAAGGUGCAAGCAGCGGCGACGCAGAUGUGACGAGGCGAAGCCAAGUUGUCAGGAAUGUACCAAGCGAGGACACACAUGCCCCGGUUACCAAAAGCCAAGCUUGCAGUGGCGAUAUAUUCUCAACGACAGCAAAGAGUCAAAUCAGCCAAAUCAGCCAACGCCACCAAUUGAGUCUCCUGACACAGUUGCGACCGAAUUUUCCGAAGUGAACAAUCAAACACAGGAGGGAAAAGACAAUGUUCAGAAUGAAACUCAGGACAUGUGGGACACAGCCUGCUCAAACUUCUUUGAUCAGCUGCCGGAUUUUGAUGAGCCAACAGAUGCCUGGUUCUACACUGAAUCGGUGUCUAAUGGUGCAGUUUUAAUGAAGCCUGAUAGCCAGCUGGAUGGGUUGUCGAUUCUGCGUCAACGACUAGCCAACACAUCCGUCCCCUCCUUUCUCAUCCAAUUGCCAGUUAUGCUGGUGCAAUAUUACUUUCAUACAGUUUGUAACCAGUGGUCAUCCUUUGACUGUCCUCUCAAUCCUUUUCGAACAAUUGUCAGUCGGCUCUGGAGUCGAAAUGCGGCGAUUUACUUUGCUAUCCAGAGCAUGUCAGCUGCCUCGUUGGCCAACGAUUUUCCAACCAUGCGAGCCAUCGGAAUACAGGCACAACAGCAAGCAAUUGCGUGCCUGAAUAAUAGUAGCCAAAAGCGUUCCACUCAGACAAAGGAUGAUGAGUACUUUCUGGCAUUACUUAUGAUUGGAUCCACCACUGGGUGGCACAAUGCCUCUGAUUUGGGACUUCCAUAUCUGAGAGCCGCCCAAGAUCAUCUUCUGAGACAAGAACACCAGUGCAAGAAUGCAAACUCUGCUCUCGCAAAACAACAUCCACUUUUUAAACAGUGUCUCCUUUGGUGGAACUUACUAGCUGCCUUUGUGGCAGAGGAGCCGCCUAUUCUAGAUAUCGAAAGCUCUUUAGAAAACAGUGACACGGAUAUUUCAGUCUAUCUCGUCGAUGGGGAGAUCCUACCACACCCGUGGACAGGGUCUCUCAAAUACUCAUUGGGUCUUUUCUAUCGAACUGCAAGAGUGAUUCGAGCCUCAAGGACCUUCUACCGCCGAAGGUCAGAAGCUUUAGGUCCCACCUUGAUUGACUUGAGUUCCAUGGCCGAAGAACUCGAUCUCAGACAGAAAGCCGAACAUCUAGAGGACAAAAUACUCUUCACUGGCUUCUCAUUCUAUUGUGGGCCUGUGGAUAUCGGCGAUACAAAUACGCCACCGUCGCAUUUUCUUACCUUGGCCGAGGCAUAUCGCUGUACAGCUCUGUUGCAAAUUUACCAUGUUUUCCCGGAAAUCUUUGAAGAACGACUACGAAGUAAUCAAACCGUGGAUGGCGAAUUCUCUAUCCCGGCCCUCUUUUCACUGUUGUUCCCAAUCGCCGACGAAUGGUCAUCUCGCUCAGUAGAAGACGCACGACACACCCUGGCGCUGCACAUUGUAUCCCUCUUGGAGCAGCUUCCUUCAACAUCUGGAACGAAGGUUAUGCAGCCCAUUGUUUUAGCUUGCAUCUCUAGCGAUCUUGUUUUCUCGUCUGGGUCUGUCUUGGGUGCCACAGAAAACACGAUCCCCAGUCUGAAUACGCUGGACGUUGAGAUUGCCCUGGCUAGACGAAAGGUUAAAAUUCGGUUGUCUGAACUUAUCUUAAUCCUACCAAAACUGCCAAUGCAACGCAUUUAUAACGUUGUGCACAAAACUUGGGAUCGUGCGGACUCUGGCUUAGAAGAGUUCUGGCUGGAUGUUAUGCUUGAUUUGAAUUUGGAAACGAUUAUGGGAUAG